UGUCACUGUCACUCAAUACCUAUACUAUUGUACGUACGUAUCCUCAUAUGGUGAACAAAAAUAAAGUUCUAUUUUAGACUGUAAAUUUGAGAUGUAGCCACAUCAAGAACACACGGGAACUUACCAGAACUUUGAGUGUACUAUAAAAGCGCAGCCGCCAAGUUUUACCCGAGUUUAUUUCUAAAAAGUUAGAAAAAUGGGAGUUCAAAACGAAGAAGGAGAAACUUACAAAAAUAAAGGCAACGAAGCUUUCAAGUCGGAGAAAUACGAUGAGGCGAUAGCUCUGUAUACCAAAGCCAUCAAUGUUGCGGAGAAAGAUAGCCGGGAUUUAUCUACCUACUUGAAGAAUCGGGCUGCUGCAUAUCUAAAAACGAAUGAGUACGAAAAGGUUAUAAAAGAUUGCGAUGAAGCCCUAAAAAUAGUCGCUGAAGACCCUAAAGCGCUGUUCCGUCGAUCGCAAGCUUUGGAGAGCUUAGGUAGGUUUGAAGAAGCCUACAGGGAUGCUAAGACCAUAUUCACAGUGGAUCCCUCCAACAAGGCAGUGCAACCAGUUUUGUCUCGACUUCACGCCGUCGUGCAGGAACGAGCUCGGCAAAAUGCUCAAACCAGUAAUAAGGUCGAGCAGAUGUUUAAAUUGGCAUUCAACAUUGGUGAAAACACAGAAAAACGAGAGAAAGCCAUGUCUAAUCUCUUAGUGCUUGCCAAGGAAAAUGCAGGUGCAGAUAUCAUGCUGAAAAAUGGAGUUGUUCAUAAAAUACAACAAUUACUCAAAGUGGAGAAGAAUAAUGAGAUAUACAUCAAUGCUGUACGCACCAUCAGUCAAUUGUGUAAGAGGAGCAUUGAGAGAACUAGAAGUAUCAUCAAAAUUGUUGGUAUUCCUUGGUUCCUGGAAGUCAUCGACAGCACUAAUGAGGAGACAGUAAAUGCAGCACAGUAUUGUUUGCAAGUAAUACUCAACACCUUUUCAGGCAUGGAUAACAAAAAAGACAGUAAGCCUGACCCAAACUUAUGUGAAGAAAAUAAAAGUGAAAUUGAUGUACUUUUGACUUGCUUGACAUACUCCAUCACAAAUGCAGUCAUCAGUGGUCUGGCCAGGGAUGCUAUCAUGGAAUUAAUUAUGAGAAACUGUCACUACAACACUCUCAACUGGGCUUCACGGUUUGUUGAAAUCAAGGGACUGCAGCGACUGUUAGCUGUGUGCAGUGAGCUAGAAGAAUAUAAAUAUGAAUCAGCGAUGAACAUAACACCAUCCUCAAGAACUAUUGCUGCAGCUUGUUUAGCAAGGAUUUAUGAAAAUAUGUACUAUGAUGAAGCUAGAGAACGCUUCAACAGUCAAGUUGAUGAGUAUGUAAAGGAUAAACUCAUGUCACCUGAUCUUGAGUCAAAGGUCAGGGUGACGGUGGCAAUCACAUCACUGCUCAGAGGUCCCCUUGAUGUUGGAAAUUAUGUAAUUUCAAAAGAAGGUAUUUUGGAAAUGAUCCUGGUAAUGGCUCAAACUGAAGAUUCUCUUCAACAAAAAGUUGCUUGUGAGUGUCUAGUGGCUGCAGCAUCUAAGAAAGACAAAGCAAGAUCCAUAGUCAAUAAGGGAGUUGAUAUACUGAAGAAGCUGUAUACAUGCAAAAAUGACGCUGUGAGAGUAAGAGCCUUAGUAGGUCUCUGUAAAGUUGGAAGUUUUGGAGGUGAUGAUGCUUCCAUCAGACCUUUUGCUGAUGGCUCAACAAAGAAGCUGGCUGAAGCAUGCAGAAAAUUCUUAGUGAAUCCUGCUAAAGAAAAUGAUGUGAGGAAAUGGGCUGCAGAGGGCCUCUCCUACCUAACAUUGGAUGCUGAUGUCAAAGAAAAGCUAGUGGAGGACAAAGCUGCCAUUCAGUCCCUCAUUGAAUUAGCAAAAAGUGGAGAUCAGUCAUGUUUGUAUGGUGUUGUAACCACUUUGGUCAAUUUAUGCAAUGCAUAUGAAAAGCAAGAAGUGCUACCCGAAAUGCUGGAGCUUGCAAAGUUUGCUAAACACCAUGUACCUGAAACACAUGAAUUAGAUGAUCCUGAUUUUAUCAAUAAAAGGAUUACUGUCUUGGCCAAAGCUGGAGUCACAUCUGGUUUAGUUGCAUUGGCGAAAACUGAGAGUCACAAUUCACGAGAACUGAUUGCAAGAGUUUUUAAUGCUAUUUGUGCUUUACCUGAACUGAGAGGUAUUGUAGUCCAGCAAGGAGGUGCUAAAGUUCUCUUACCCAUGUCCUUAGAAGGUACUGAUAAAGGCAAGAAACAAGCAGCACAAGCUUUAGCCAGAAUAGGAAUAACAAUCAAUCCAGAAGUAGCUUUCCCAGGUCAGAGGAACCUAGAAGUAGUCAGACCUUUGAUAGCUCUGCUACAUCCAGAAUGUACAGCAUUGGAAAAUUUCGAAGCCCUGAUGGCACUCUGUAACCUAGCUGGAAUGAAUGAAACCACCAGAAAUAGGAUACUCAAAGAAGGGGGACUGUCCAAGAUUGAACAUUACCUUUAUGAAGACCACAUGAUGCUUCAGAGAGCAGCCACACAAUGUGUUUGCAAUUUGGUCCAGUCUGAGGAAGUUAUCAAAACUUAUGAAAGCAACAAUGACAAGACCAAGUAUCUGUAUCUUCUGUGUCAAGAAGAAGAUGUAGACACUGCAAAAGCUGCUGCAGGGGCCCUGUGCAUAUUAACAUCUGUCAGCAAAGUGUGCUGUAGAAGGCUGUUGGAUGUGCAGCCUUGGUUGGAAACUUUGAGAUGUUUGUUAGCCAACCCAGACAAGGAAAUACAAUUCAGGGGGACAUACAUGCUGUAUAAUAUUAUCAAAGAUGACAAAGAUAUUUCAGCAAAGAUAUUUGAAACUGAUGUUAUGGAAAUAUUGAUGGCAUUGACAAAACUUGAUGGCCCUGAGUAUGACAAGACUAAGGAAAAUGCCCAGAAAUGCCUUGAUGCAGCUGAAGAGAUGGGAGUCAUAAGGAAGCCUGACCCCAGCAAGAUAGAAGAGGCUUUGCUUGACCCAUUUAGAGAAGCUGAAGUUGAGGAAAUUAAUGAGGAGGAUGCAGCAUAAGUAAUUAUUUAGAAUAACAUACCUAAUU